AUGAAGACAAAGACACAUAGCAAACCACGCUUCGCCUUCCCUGUCGUGAUAAUCUUUUCUUUGUGUUGGCAAACAAGUGCAAACCAUACCGAUUAUCCUAGGGUUAUAAAUGAAACCUGGAAUCCUAUGAGUCAAAACCUAAGCGGCAGCCAGAACCUAACAGAAGCCAAUACAAAUUCUCCUCCGAGCAUCAAUUUCAGCAGCAAAACAACAACUUUUGAAACACAGACAACUACCCUGCAAUUCUCAUCUUCAACAAUGGCCCAAAAUUCAACAUCUUCCCCUGCCAGAAGUGCUGUUUCGGCCACAGAAGGACCUAGGAAUACCAGCAAACCCAAGGGUACAAUGACAAAAGAAACAUGUGAAGACAGUAAGUCUCUUAUACUGAUUUGCUUCAUUAUAAUAGCAGUACUUGUGCUUAUCUGCACCUUCUUAUUUCUGUCGACAGUCGUAAUAGCAAACAAAAUGUCAUAUCUCAAAAAAACUAAGCAAGCAAAACGUAGGCCCAGGAGCAAUGGUGACAUUCUGGCGACUAACAGUUUAUGGCCAACUGCAGCAGGAACAUGGCAGAGGAUGCCUAAGGAGACAACAGGAACUGACGUGAUAAUGCAGGACUUGAUAUCAGAGAGAGAUGCUGCCCUCCAAAGGAAAACCAAAGAUGAAACUACUGAGAAACUCAUGAAAGAAACAGAUAAUGAACAGCAAAACAAAGAACCAAAGUCAGACAAACCCAUUUUAACCAAUUUUGUAGUUGAGAUUUAA